UUCAGUCCUUAAUACAUCUCAGUGACUAAGUUAUAUAAAUUUAAAUAAACAAAUAAAAAUAAAAAUCACUAUCAGCUCUGAAAUUGUGAGCCACAUAACUCUAUUUAUAUGUUAUAAGAAAAUCAAAAGCAUCAUUACAAAAAUAAAUAUCAAGCCAACGUUUUUACAAUCCCCAAAAGAAAUGGAAGUGAUCACCAAAAGAGACGUUUUUGGGCUUCAAUCCUUGUCCAUCUUCUUCUUCUUCUGUUCUGUAGUUUUGCCUCUUUCAUCAAGAUCUGUAGAAGCUUACAAGAAUUACACAGUUGGAGACUCCUUAGGUUGGUAUGACAAAUCAGAAAAGCCCACUGUUGAUUACCAGAAAUGGGCUGAUAGCAACAACUUUAUCUUGGGAGAUUUUCUCAUUUUCAACACAAACACCAACCACACAGUGGUCCAAACCUAUAACGAAACGACAUACAAACUCUGCGAUUACGACGAUGCUUCAGACAAAGACACCACCCAGUGGUCCACGGCGGAUCCUUCAAACACCGCCACCAGACCGAUCACAGUACCGGUGCCACUCUUAAAAGAAGGCAAAACGUUCUUCUUCUCCGGCGACUACGACGGUGAUCAGUGCUUCGACGGUCAGAGAUUCCAAAUCUCUGUAGCUCACGGCAAAGGCCUUCCCAAGAGUCUCCAAGAACCCACCGAAAAUUCCCCUGGUCCCGUCAGUCCUCAGUCCGGAGAAGACGAAGGCGAUUCGGCUCCGGAUACCAAUGUUCCUGCAAAUUUCGAUCAUCCGAAACAGGUCGCUUCCGAUGAUACAGAACGGGACUCGGAUUCGUCUGCAUCGGCGUCGUUGUUGUCUAAAUUCUUGGUCGUUGGUUUAGGACUUGUUUGGCUCUUUUAGUUUGAAUUCUGAUUUUAAAUUAUUUAUUUAUUUUUUUAAGAUAUAAUUUACAUAUAUAAUAGAGAAGAGAAGGUGUGAUUGGAGAUUAGAUUUUUCUUACGGGAAUAAUUACGAUUAAUUUUGUGCUGCCAGUGUGUACAAUAAAUUCUCUAGUAUCUAAAAAAAAAGAACCAUCACUACUCACAGUAUA